CCCCACCAAGAUGCCGCUGUAUUCAGAGUUCAUCAAGAAACUUGUAUUCUGCCCCAGACUGAAGUCUCUUUUCCCUCAAACACUAGUUUAUUGCUUCAAUAAGUUGGAAGACUGCCUGGCUUGUUAAGGUCACCAGCCUGAUUGUGACAGUCCACGUGGACAAUAAUGUGAAGUAAAGCUAAAUAUUAACCAAGAGUGAAAUACUUAGGCAGUGAAAGUUUUCUGCUACUCUAUUCCUGUCCCUAAUCCCACCCCCAACCUCUGCUGUUCAGCACUUGCUGCGUCCUUAAUGAAUCUCCAGUGGUUUCUCUUGUUCUGCUGGUGGUUGCAAAGGGCGAAGGGAAACAUGAUCCAGCAGCAGCUGGGAACAUUUUCAGAGAUUUUUCAUUUUAUUCCUGGACAAAUCUGGAACUCUGGCUGUAAGACUGAACAUUUGACAGACUUCUCAAAGAAAGCAAACACGUUGGAGGCCUGGUCCUUCUUGAUCCAGGAUAGUUAUAAGGAGAUAAUGAGUUGGUACUGCAGUGUGCACGAGUGCUGUGGGGCAGGAGACUGUCGGCUCAUCAACAACAUUACAGGUCUUAGCUACGACCUGCAGAUAAAAUUACAUGGACAGCAUUUGGCCAAGGCAGUUGUGGUGAAAGCAGUUAAAGGUUUCGUAGCAAACAAAAACCCGGAGAAAGCAUUGGCACUUUCCUUUCAUGGCUGGUCUGGUACAGGCAAGAAUUUUGUGGCAAAAAUGAUAGCAGACAACCUGUACCGAGAUGGACUAAGAAGCGAGUGUGUGCAUUUCUAUAUCGCUCCCUUCCACUUUCCACACGCCAGCCUGGUGGAUGUUUACAAGACUCAGCUUCAGCAGUUCAUUCUGUCAGCUGUACAACAAUGCCAACAAUCUUUGUUUAUUUUCGAUGAGGCAGAGAAGCUGCACGACGGCCUUAUUGAUGCCAUCAAGCCUUACGUUGACCACUAUGAUCAUGUGAAUGGAGUGGACUUCAGAAAGUCAAUGUUUAUUUUCUUAAGUAAUAUUGGAGGAAGUUCCAUAAACAGGGCGGUGCUUGAAAAUUGGCAAGCAGGACGAGACCGAGAGGAGAUCACCAUGGAAGACUUGGAACAUCGGAUCCGAAGAGAAGUCACCACAUCAAAAGGUGGCUUUGCACAGAGUGGACUUGUGGCUGAGAACCUCAUUGACUUCUUCAUCCCAUUCCUGCCUCUGGAGUACAAGCAUGUGAAGUUAUGUGUGCGAGAUGCUCUACAUUCCAGAGGAAUCAAAUACAAUAUAGACAUCCUGGAUGAAGUGGCGAAGGGAAUGCUGUACAUUCCAAAGGAGGAAUACCUAUUCUCAGCACAAGGCUGUAAAUCUGUCUCCCAGCGGGUCAAUUUCUUUCUACCCUGAAGCAUAACAUUUAAAGAACAUGUUUUCCUAGAGACCAUGACACUCCCUCUAGAAGAAACCAUCCCUCACUGAACAGUAGCUACUGCCCUCUAGCUCAAAGAGACAAAUCUGACUCGAGCAACAGAAGAAAUAUCCUUUAAGAAUUCAAGAAGAAAACUGCCUUCCAUUUUCCUGACUUCCUGGUGAAACAUGUCUGCACCCUCACCAUUGUAAACAGUACAGUCCAUACUUUCCAUUUUUCACUGUUAUUGCAUGUUGCAAUUCCAUUGAUAUGCAAACAUGGAAUUUUGUAGAGAAUGAAAAUAUCAGGCAGGAUUAUAUAAUUUAUGGAACUUUCUCAUUGUAUACGUUUCUAUGCACCAGUCCAGCUGCUUUACAACCAUACAUAUCUGACAGUGGCCAUCACCUCAACACCACAAAUUUAAUCUACGUAAAGUGAGAUUGAAAUAUAAAAUGUUUUGUCAGAAGUAAUAAAUGCAAUAUCAUUGGAUAUUAUUGAAAUUGGGUGAAGUUCAGCCACGUUUGUUAUCACAAAAUACCAAAGAUACCAAAAACCCAUAUCACCAUGUUCAGCAACAGUGUUACAUUAAUGUCACCUUCUCUAGUUUAUUUCUCAGUGGGCUGAAACUACAAGUGCAAGAUGAUCCUGCUGUUAAAAACGGGUGCAGGAAGAGUUGUCCCAAUGUUUGAACUUCACACAAUGGGCAUCAAUACAGCCCAGCAAACCCACUACUGCAAUAAGUUCAGCAAAAUGGUAGCAAUAGGUUGGGCGUUUUCAAACAGCUGUAUCUGCAUUGCUCAAUAAUACACAACAUUUCAUAGCCAGUCACCGGUACUUGCAAGUACCAUAAGAAAAUGGAGGCCAAGUGCAUAGUUAGUAUAGAUAGACACAAAAACUCAGUAUGUCAGACAGCAAUUCUGGAGAAAAGGAAUAGUUAGUAUAGUUUCAAUUUUUUGAAAUCCAUUCAUUUCAAGAAUGGCUCAAAUGAAAUUCACAACAAGUAAAAAUGUAAAAAGAAACUAGCAAUAAAAAUAGAUUAAAUCUUUUUCCUUUCACAACUGUAUAACAAGAUUGAGAUUUAUUUGCUGACAAACUUAUUAAUUGAACCUGUAAUAUGAUAGAUCCACUGGCGCAAGUCAUAACUCAUGCAGAAUAUUGUUUCUGGCAUAUUUGUUGAUGGUGUACCAGUCCAGUCAGAGAUUACAGGUGAGUGAAUACAAUGGCAGAGGGGGGAAGGGACAUACUGAAGGAAGAACUGAAGCAGCCGUAGAGAGUAAAGAAUAAGACAACUUUGUCUGGAGAACAAAGGCAACGUUUAUCCAAGGUCAUUUUGUAAAACCUGCCGAUUGUGAUAAUUUGUUGGAAAAAAAAAGUACUAACCUGAUACAAGUUGAAGGCUUAUGACCAUAAUUUCUGCUCAAUUGCAAUACAAAAUGUUUCGAAACAAAGUGCUUACAAAUAAAAAGAUGCAACAACA